AGCAAACUUAUGAGUUACCCACACACUCAAUUUUGGUGAUAUUUUUUCAACAAGGGACCCCAAGCGAUGGGUGAAGUUAAAGCAAUGAAGCUUCUCUCUAUUUAAGUCCUCAAAGCCGACUAAUCACACUAUUAUCUCUCUUGUCUCUCUACGGAACCUGUCUUCCUGUCUUGUCCAAAAUCGGAAUUUAAGCGUACUUACUUGAGGGGGGUUCAGAAUCAGUCCACGGAAGCAAGAUGAAGCUUAUUGAUCGAAGACUGAGGCUAACGGAGCUACUCUUACGGAUCUCCAUUAGUGUUCUCGCUCUUCUUGGGCUUAUUCUGAUUGUUACGGACUCUGAGGUCAAGCUUAUCUUCACAAUCAAGAAGACGGCCAAGUACUCUGAUAUGAAGUCGGUUGUGUUCUUGGUGGUGGCUAAUGGGAUAGCUGCGGUUUAUUCUUUGUUACAAUCAGUUCGUUGCGUGGUGGGUACUAUGAAAGGAACUGUUUUGUUCAGCAAGCCUCUUGCUUGGACCAUAUUCUCUGGUGAUCAGGUGAUGGCGUACUUGAGUGUGGCGGCAAUAGCCGCAACAGCAGAGUCUGGUAUGAUUGCAAGGGAAGGAGAGGAAGACUUGCAAUGGAUAAAAGUGUGCAAUAUGUAUGGCAAGUUCUGUAACCGAAUGGCUAUAGGAGUCUCCAGCGCCUUGUUUGCCUCAAUUGCUAUGGUUUUCGUCUCUUGCAUGUCUGCUUUUAGUCUUUUCCGCUUGUACGGUGCGACCAAGGACCGCAGAACCUCGCCGUGGUGAAGGGAAAUGCGUAUUGUGUUUAGUAGUGUAGGCUCUUGUUUUUCUUCUUCUUCUUGAUGAAUGAUGAUCUUUCUAUGUGACAAAUCAUAUGUAAAACUGAUAUGUUCUUUGUGCCCUGUGAUAAAAAAACAAGACUAUGAGUUUUGCUUUGUAACCUCUUUAUGGUAAAGAAUGUACUGCUUCUAUAGUUUA